AUGAAUGCAACAAUACAGUAUGAUCAAGUACAAUUAUAUUUGUACAUUGACCCAUUACCAACCAUCACAAUCCCAAUGAGUAUGACAACCAAUUUUAGACGUCAACAACAUACAGGCCUAUGCACAUUAAAAGUAAUUCUGAUAGGGCAUUCAGACAUACAAAAGUUCAUACGUAUGUCAAUAUGGAAAUGUAGCCAAUACUGCGUUAGUGAUGUAAUAACAAUGCAUAAACUUUCAACCACUCCAAUGAAAUGUUUACAUUGUGGGUGCCAUCUAAAAGAAUAUGAAAAUUCUCGAAUUAUAUGUAACAGAGUUAUUGCGCAAAUGAUCAUCACAGAAACAUCAUUGAAUCAUAAUUUUUCUGUACAUACAAACAUUCGAGUUGAAUUAAUAGAUAAUCUAUGUGAAAAUCUCGAGUUAGGAUUAGAAUACGAAUUAACAGGUUACAUGGCGACAAAUGGCAUAUUUAAAGCAAUGGGUAUAAUUCCGAAUUGUAAAACAUUUUCUUUGUAUAAAGCAUCAAUUUCAUUUUUUCCAACCAUUAUACAAAUGAAAAUCCACUUAGACUCCAAAUCUCCAUAUAACUUUGUAUAUAUAUUAUCAUCUCAAUUAGGCGUUGCACAAAAAUUAGCACCUCAACAAUUAUUUAUUAAUUUUAAAAUGGGAAUAUUGCUAAGUUUAGCUUCAUUUAAGAAUAGCUGUGAUACUAUUCCAUUGCCAAUAUUAGCGGUUGGAUUUGAUACAUAUUUCCCGAAUCAAUUAAUGUCCUUAGCUUCAAAGUAUGCGGUACGGUGUGUUAGUCUAUCACCAAAUAAUAGUAAUAUAAUUGGUGGUAAAAAUAAAGAUGGCUGGUACGAAAUUGGUUCUUUAAGUUUAGCUAAUUCUGGCGUAUGCUAUUUGGCUAUGGAAUCUGGUAAAAUGCAAUUGGGCGAAUCUGGAAGUUACAGAUUACCAUUAAAAAGUGCUAUUUGGACUUAUUUUGGAUUUCAAAGUAAAACUAAAGAACAAGCACAAUUACAAACAUUAGUAAAUAUAUUUGGAAUGCCAUUUUUAUCUGAUCCCCAUGACGAUGUUGCCUAUGUACAAUAUAUUUUAGAACAAGAACUUCAAGUAAAUAUUACCUCAGACGAUUAUACCAUCAUUCCCGAGGCUGAAUUAGUUUUAUACUUACGUGCUGUUAAUUCUAGAACAGUAUCUGUAACACCUUCCACUGAAGAAUUGAUAAAGGAUUAUUUUGUUACAUGCCGGCGAUGUAGAGAAGGGACAUUUCCUAUUCGGAUACUUGAUUCCUUAUUAUUAAUGGCCGAAAGUCAUGCUAAAUUACACUUAAGAUCCGAAACUACAAGAUAUGAUGCAGUUGUAGCUAUAUGGUUGUUAGAAGAAAGUUUUCAAGCAAUGUAUGGUAUUGAUAUUUCCAAUCCAUCUCCCCAAUGUACUUACGAAAUAGAAAAGAUUGAUAAAUAUUUCUUGUUAUUUGAAGAAUGGUUAUACAAAUUUAUUUCAACUAAUCGCAAUAAUAAUAAUUGUUUCAACUUCACGCAGUUAUAA